AUGACUGAAAGUUUUCGAGAAAUGUUUGGUUAUCUGUCGAAUGAAUUUGAGGAAUGUUCGCCUAGCAGCCGUCUUCAAUCCAUAUCACCUCAUAUCUCUAGCAAUGGUACCAGAUCACCACGCCGGAAAAGCAAAUCACCUCAGCCACCUGAUAACAGUACGGAAAGGUGUGGUAACUGUUCGCCACAAACUAAUGUAAUCAGAGAUUCGCGACCUGACAUUAUCGCUUGGCCGACACCACCAAAUGCGCAAAGUACUAAUAACAAUAAUCAGGGAAAUGGUUCAGAGGAAUCUACAAAGUUAUUCUCCAUUCUCAAAGUGGCUUCUUCAACUGCACCUCGAGGACGAGAAAGCGAGCUGAAGAAGAAGAUACAAACUCUGGAAGAUACGGUUGCUGAAUAUGAACGACAGAAAUAUAAUGUUAUGGGUACAUUUAGCGAAUAUAGAGAACGAGUAGCAGAACGAGAACGAAAACUGGAAGCGGAAUAUUCUAGCAGAAUUAUAGCUCUUAGCGAAGAAGUUCUUGGAGCUAAAAAAGAUUUUGAAGCUCGGAUGAAAAGCUUUCAAGCUUUACAAGACAAAUUUGAGCGAGAAAAAGAACAAGCGCUUGAAAAAUUACGUCAAGAACAUCAAAAGGAGAUUCAGUUACUGGAGCAACGUUUUUCCGAGUCACAAUUACUCAAUCUGGAACAGAAAUAUAUGAUUGAAAUUCAACGACUGGAAGAAGAACGAAAAAGUUUGAAAGCUGAAAAAGAGCGACUAGGAGAGACAUUUGAAAUGAAACUUCGAAGAGCACAAAGUUUAUACGAGACCGAAUUAACGGCAGCGAAAAUGCUGUAUUCAAAAGAACUUGAAGCGUUACGAGAUCAUGAAGAAGCCCUCAAGGAGGAACUUCUGGCACGGCAAGAUGAAUUCCAUGAUCGUCUCCAAGAGUUACAAGAUCAAACAAAACGAAGUAGAGAAGAACUUGCAACAUGUAAGAAUGAAGUAACAGCACUGGAAAAACGAUUACUAGUAAAAGAGGCAGAAGUUGUGGCAAUUUCUAAAGAGCUUGAAGAAGCUCGUAACGAAACGAACGAUUCAUUGAGGAAACUUUCGCAAGUAGAAAACGAACUACAAGAAGCUAAACAACAAUAUCGACAACAGGAGGAGGAAUUGCAGCGCAAGUCCAAUUUACUAAAUAUCGUGGAAACUGCAAAAAGUAAAUUGGAAGCAUUCAUUCGAGAUUUGCAAGCCGAGGUAAAAGCAUUGAAAAACAAAGUUGAAUUUUUGGAGAAAGAAAGAGAAAAUUUGCAAAGUCAAAGCGAAAGUCAGACAAAAUUGCAGAAUUCACAAGUGAAUGCUCUCGAAGCGGUUCUGGAAUCAGUGACAAAGGAAAAAGAAUCAACGAAGGAUCACUACGAAAGUCUUUUAGAGAGAGAACGUCAACAGGCAGAGGAGCGUGAAUAUGCAAUGAAGAAAGAAUUCAGUUCGAAAUUAAAUGAACUUGAAUCGCAGUACAACAGUUUAAAGGAUCAUCUGGAGCAUAGUACAAAGCGAAACGUAGAACAGGAAAUACUGGAUGUUAAGGAAGAGAACCGUGCAUUAUUGACAAAAGUGGACACAUUGAAAUAUAAGCUUGAUCUACUGCUAGAAAGCAAUGAUGAUAGCGAUAGUGGAACAAUACGAAAAAUUAAGCAAUUAAUUGAUGAAAGCGAUCAAAUGAAAGACGAAGUGGAAAAAUACAAAGAAUUAUUGAAUAAGAAAGAGUUAGAAAUAAAAAAAUUAGAGCAGUUUGAGCGACAACGUACAGCAGUUGAUGAGAUGUCAGUUAUCAAAGAUGAAAUUGGAUUUCAAUUAAUGAAUUCAGAUGGACAUUUGAAAAGAGAUGAGGAAGUGAAGAAGUUGAAAACCGAGAUUGCUGAACUCUUAGCUGAACGAGAAGAUGUGGUAAUUUUAAAUGAAAAUUUACUGAAAUUAAAGUCUGAAAACGAGAAAUUAAUAAACCAGCUCAGGUAUUUGAAUGUUCAAGAUUCAAGUGACAUUAGAGACAGUGGACAAAUGAGAUCCGAUGUGGAGCAAAGAAUGACUGAUGAGAUUAGUCAGAAAUGGGAAAGUACAGAAAUCUCAGAAAUCAGUGAGAGACGUUUGCGAGAAGAAUUUCAAGCACAGUUGGAAGAAAGAGUUGAAGAAGAAACAUUGAAAGUAACAUCCCGAUAUGAAAUGGAAAUUAACGAAGCCAAAAAUACUGCCAAUGAAAAGAAUAAAGAAUUGGAAGCGAAUAUGAAUAUUUUGAAAAAUGACUGCAGCCAAAAAACAAAACAAAUAACAGAGCUAUCCGAUAAAAAUAAGAAAUUAAUGGAUGAAAUAAGUGCGAUACAUAAUGAACUUGAAAAGAAAAAUCAGGAAAUCAAAAACUUCAGCAAAAAAACGGACGAAUAUCUCAGGAAGCGAGAAAAUCAACAAGCUCAGAUUCUUGAGAAAAAAAUCGUAAAUUUAAAUAAGGAACACGAAAAAACGAUCGAAAUGAUGAAGAAACAUGAAAUAGAAUUGGUCAACAAGUACCAGAAGCUUCAACAACAGCUUACAAAUAAACCUGAAACUGGCACACAUGGGAUACAAACAAAUAUUGAAGAUGAAAAUGAAGCAGGAACGAGUGAAAUAAAUCCGGAAUUAAACGAGCAAAUACAACAGUUGCAGAAAGCACUUGGAGAAAAAGAUGCUCUUAUAUCUCAGCUGCAAAAAGCUCUAGAAAUUUUACAAGAAUCCGAAAUAGAGGACAAAAAAAACAGAUCGAACAGUUUUACGGCUGGUGAAGCUUCCAAAAAUCAAACAAUUACAAGCAAUUUGCAAAUUUUACUUACUGAAACGCAACGACAAGCUAAAAGUAACUCGAAAAGUGGUAAGCAAGAGCUUACCAAGAGCAAAAAAAGGAAGGAAAAAGAAAGUAGUGAAAAGGAUAAAGUAAAUCAUUGCGCAACUGGUAUACCAAGGCCAAAGUCACCCAGUUAUUCCGGCCGGCUUUAUGAACGAAGUCUUACAAAGUCAAAAUCACCAACAGUAGAUGUAAUAAAGCAAAAAGAGGACAAAAGAAGUCUGCUCUCUCCGGAUUUCGAACGAUCUUCGUUGACUGAGGAGCAUAGACGAAGCUCACCUGGACGUCAGCCAUCAUUGCGUCCCAAAAAAGAAGCCACUUCGUCAUCUGUUGGUUCAUCCAAUUCUUCGGGUAAUAAGGAUGACUUGAAGAGACCUGCUUGGAAGUUCUAA